AUGGUGCAGGUUAAGACCAUACUCGCAUCCUUUGUUCUUUUCCUCAUUGUUCUCACCUCAUCAGUAUCAUUUCAUUCAGUUGCUGGUGAAGCUGCCAGGAAAUACAAUAUUGCAAAAUCGUACCGGUCAUGGCAGAGAAUAAAUCACGGAAGUGCACGGGGUCCUCGGAAGCACCUUGUCAAUCCAACGGUGGAGCAUCCAUUUGAAGUUCCCAAGUUGCCUGUAUAG